CUAUUACAUUGUGUGUGUAUGCUUGCUUUAAAAUCCCAAUAUUAGAAAUGUUGGUUCAUUCUGUGCCCUGAAAUUGGAGUUGCUUGCUUUAAAAUGCCAGCAUUAAAAAUGUUGGUUUAUUCUGUUGUAACAAGUAAAUUGGUGGAGCUAAUUUAAAAUCCCAGGCUGCACAGCUUUGAUAGGUAAUAUGGCGACAAUCACUUAGUAAUGCGGUUUGUUUGAUUUUGCAGAAUCCUGAUGGAGCAAGAGUCACCUAAUAUUUGGGCUACAUAACUAUAUAGCUCAUUACUUCAUUACCUCACAACUACUUAUGGAAUUUUCCCUUGCAAACACACAAAUCUUAGGGUUUCUUUAAACAUUCCAAGUUGUUCAUAUUCUUCAAAUGUUAGAGGCAGAUGAUACAUGAACAUUUUUGGACAAGGAUCCGUUGAUAGAGCAGCCUCUAGCAAAUUCCUACUAACAAAAAGGAAGAAUUGUGUGCAGUUAUGAUACGUUUUAAUUUAAAUUUAAUUUUUUAUCAGGAUAUCAUCAGUGUCCUUAUUCUUUGAUAAGUUUUCAAUUGUCUAGCAUUUAUGCCUUUUAAAUUUUAUAUCUCUCGCUAUUUAUUUCAAGCUUAGAAAAUGAAUGCUCCUCCAGCCCCAGAAAGCAGACCUUAUUCCACAAACCCAAGGCCUUUUUUUUAUGCUCGGCCUACAGCACAUCAGCCAUUUCCUAAUCCUUGGCUUGUUGGACCUAUGUAUAAUCCCUAUGGCAUGCCUGCAUCCGGUUUAAGAAGUGGCAAUCCAUAUUUCCAAUGUUACUCAGUUCCUUCCCAUGAAUAUCCUGGAUAUUUAGUUCCACAGCCUCCUAUGCAUAUGAGAAUUAGACGACCUUAUUUUGGUGGUCCUCCAUCAUCACCCAUGGUGUAUCAAGUCCCACGGUUCAGGCAUGGUUUUCCCAUGAUGUAUCAACCACAAAACCCAGUGAAACGAACAGAAAACAAAGAAACUCAAACUGAUUUUGGAGAAUCUGAAAGUGGAGCAAAAACACCUGUGAAACAAGAUAUAGGAACAAAAGGCUAUGAUGUUGGAAAUACUGAAAAUACUGCUUAUAUUGCAUCUGAUACUCCUAAAGAAACUGAAAGUUUUUUGGGAAAAACAGAUAAAACAACAUCUUCUGCUAUGUCAGAUAGAGAACUUGCCAAGAACUCUUCAGGUCUUGUACCAUUUCGAAGUCUUCCCCCGGCAGGCUAUGCCAUUGAGAAAGAGGAAGUUAGAAUACAAUAUGCAAAUGAUGGUGCUCCUGCUAUUCAGCUCUGGAAGUCUUUUAAAGAAACAAUCCCUCUCUAUGAGAUGGCACAAAAACAAGCCCCAAAGAAUAUCGUGCAAAGAGAUAUACUUGCUUGUAGCUCCUGUGAAGGAGUUGCAUAUGAGCCUCAUGAAGAAGGAGAAUUGCCUCCAUGUAUUCCAUUUUCAGAGGAGCAAAAAGUUCCUGAGGGCAUGCAGAAGAAACAGCCUCUAUGUAAAGAAAAUCCAGAUUCAGAAAAACAAAUAGUUAUAAACUACAGAGCAAUAGGUCCAAUGGAUGAAGCUGGAACAGUGCAACUGGCUGAACCAAGUGGGCUUGACCACUCAGGGAUAAGGCAAGAUGUACUGAUGGCCAAAAUACCACCUGGCUUUAAAAAAUCAAGUGGUUCAAAAGCUCCACAAGAAGUUUCAAAUCAUAUUCGACAACGAAAAUUAUUUCCUUCUGAUAUGGAGAUGACAAAUGAUGCAUAUUUGCCUCAGAAGCUGAGUGAAUGUAAUGACAUGAACAAUGAAAACUGGAAUACUUCUGAAAAAAUCCAAUGGUGUGAUGACUCUGAAAAAUAUCUUCCUUCUGAGAGCUGGUUGGCUUGUGUGGAUAACAUGGAUCCAAACUAUAACUAUGAAAAAUAUCUUUUCCGAAGAAAGCGUCCAAAUUUGCUUAGUAUUACCUCUGAUGAUAUGUCUUCUAUUGAAGAAGGUGCCUCAACUGAGAAUUCUUCAGUUUCUAUCAUAGUUCCAGACCAUUUGCUUCCAAAGGGUUUAUGUACCUUCAAGAAAAAUCGUGAUGGCUUGGGAAUAGGCCAAAUAAGAAGUGGAGGCACCCUCAAUGAAGAUGAGGAAGUGAUGGGGAUUGAACAGGCCACUAGUGAGCAUAGUCAGAAUCUCAAGAUCAAUUCAAGAGUCAAGGUUAAAGAGAUUCCUAGCCAAAUCAAAAAGAUGAGCAUUCUUCCAAGAUGUUCCAAAGACAAGCAUCUCUACUGUCUCCAAAAGAUAACAAGUUCAUCUCCAUCAGAUGCUGAUGAUUCUGAAGAAUAUUGGGUGAUGGAACCAGAGGAAUAUGAAGAGCAAGAAACUGAUGAGGAAUACUUUGUUGAGGAAGAUAUGCCAUAUGAAAUCCUGAAUCCAGACAAAAGUGGAUUGGGCCAACAGACUGCACAGAAAGUAUUUUGGAGAAUCCCUAAAAAUGCAGUGCCACCACAUGUAAUUAACUGGCCUGUGCAAGAAAAAAUGUCUGGGUUACCUACUAAACUUCAGAAAGAGCAAAAUGAAGAUCUCUGUGAUGACUAUAAUAUCUGCUUCAUGAGACCUACAGUCCAACAGCUAGAAUUACUUGAACACAGAAAAAAUCCACAGAAAUGCUCAGGAUGGUUACAAGAGGAAAAUAGAAGGACUGGACCUGAUGAAUACUGGAUAAAAAGUGGUGCUAGACCCAGAUCUGCUAGCUUAAAACCUGGUGAUCUCUCACCUACUGCUACAAAAGAGAAAGAUAUCCUGGAAGUAUUCCCUUUUGCAUCUGAUGAUAUAUAUAUGGAAUGUCCAAAGAACAAAGGAGUGCAUAAACCUCCUCAUAAACGCAGAGACACAAGAUGUGAAACAGCUGAAGUACGGGAGAAACCUAAAAUUACAUAUCAUAAGGGUAAGUGCAAAAUGUUAUCUAGUAAUAAAGAGAGUAACUCUUUUAAAUUCACCUUUCAAAUCAUUUCUAUAAGAAGGCUCUGAGUAAUAUAUGGAAGUCCAAUAAUAUUCAGCACAUAGGCUUCUUAGAACCAGUCUACAAAUGAAAACUAAGUUCACAGAACUGAAAAACCAUGGUGGAAUCUUCUUUGGCUUAGGAUCCUGUUCAUCUUUGAAAGAUAUAUGUAAUAAAUACAUAGAUCAUAACCAGUAAAAUACCAAAUACUUAAUUGUAUUGACUAUAUAGUCAGUGGAACACAUAUGUAUACAAUACAUACCUGGAAUGACUAGCUCAGUCUUGACAAGGAAAUGUGAGUCGUAUAAAAGAUGCAAGAAACCUGUUACGUCUAGCUGAAGUGCUGUGGGAGAUUCCUGUUUGUACUAAACUGUUUAUCUUUAGACUAAUUUCUUGAAAACUCUAGCACUUAUAUAUUACUAAGCAUUAUGCCUGCUUACUUCCACUACCAUGGAUUGUUAUACAGCAACAAGUAUUAACAACAGUUGAGAUUGAAUGCCUAAGUGGGCUUUUCCUAAGGUACAGUCAGGAUGUUCGUAUCUUUGCCACACAUCUUACUGGAUAGUUAUGCUAACUGCUUUGUUGCUUUGUACUGCCCAGUAUCUAUAAUUAGUGCAUGUUCAGCUGUAAUACAGAGAGAUGUGUAAACAGACCUCUCAGACAAAUUGCACUGGGAUACAGAUUGUAGGUCUGAUUUCCCACACUAAAAAGAAAAAUAUUUUUAAAAAUAUUAGGUUGGAUCCCAACCUUUUCACUCCAUCCACCUAACUUAUGUAUGUCCCAUGAUGUCCUAAUUUUUAGCAGCUGGAUAGUGUUUGAAUACUGCUCAUAUAUGGCUUUUUCUUAUAUCGAUUGUUCGUAAGUAAUAUAACCUUAUUCUAAUAGGCCUAUGCCAUGUACAUAUUUUGAAUAUUGGAAAUGUUUUAUCAUCCUUCAUAAUGGAUAUACUGAAUGGUUUGUAAAAGAUUUAAAUUUUGACAGACAAGUUUGCAUAUGGUUAUUUUUAACAGCUCUGAAUAUCGUCCAUUUGCAAAUUAUUUCUUAUCUGACUUAUAGGUAAAAACAUGUUGUAUAUGUUAAUGGAUGCCAGAUGGUUAAAAUCUAAUGGUUUCAGGUUGGACUACUUUUAAAAACUAUGGUGCCUAAUACGUUUUCCUUUUGUGCAGGAUGUGAAGCAAAGAAACCACCCUAUAAAAGAUAAAAGAAGACAAUGAUAAUCAGAAGUGCAAAUAUUUGCUUGUAUUGAUUAAAGGAAUCGUAAUUUUUUUUGAAGCAAAUCAGUUUAAGUUGCAUUGUAAAGGAUUCCUGAGUUCAUACUGUAAAAUGUCCAAAAAAAUGAAUUUGGACACACAAAUUUCACACAAUGUUGAGUAACACAGUGUUUAAAUAAAGUUGAAAUUGCACUAAUAGGAUGUGUGAAUAAUUUCUAAUGUAAAACUUAUUUUCAAAGAAUGGAUAAAGCAUCAGCUGAGAAAUAAGAAAUAAAGGUGUAUGGGAAUCACAAUUUAGUUUCAAAAGCAUUAGCUUUAAGCAGUAUCAAGUUUUGGCAAACAGUGCUCCCAACUUCCUUCUGCGGUGAUAC